CAUCAUUUUUCAAUUUUCCCCUAGAUUGACAUAACCACAAAUAAAAAGUCACCAAGACCAGAUACCUUUCAUGGUUUUAUAAUUAUAUUAAACGCGUAAUUUUCGUUCCUUUUGAUGACCCAACUAAGACAUCACCCAUCACUGCUUUUCAACUGUGAACACUCCAACGUUGAAACUUACUGCUGCAAAGACUGCGAUUUCGAAACAAAACUAACACUACUUUUCAAACGACACAUCCAGCAUCACAUUUUUAAAAAAGAAAGUGAACAAAUUCAUUCAAGAGAGAAAAACGCCGCUCAAAGCUAUAUUUGCAAAAAAUGCAACUUUGAAACUCAUUUCUCCCUGAAGUGGUUUCAGCACACUACAGAAUGUGUAAAUUCCCAAACAGUUUUCACGUGGCAUGAAUGUGAUCAAUGUGACCGCAAAUACAAACACAGACCUUCACUACGAGAACACAAAAUAUUAAAACACUUGAAUCAAAACCAAAUCCGUUGGCAUUAUUGCACCCAGUGUCCGUAUAAAUCCGCGCACAAAAGACACCUCAAAACACACACAUACUUGCGACAUACCGACGAAGGAAAAAUUAACUGGUAUGAAUGCAAAAAGUGCCCGUAUAAAUCCAAACGAAACGAUAACCUAAAAAAGCACGUAAAUGCACGUCAUUUGGAUGAAAAAGACGUUAAAUGGUACGAAUGCAGUCAGUGCCAAUACAGAACUAAACAAAAGUAUAAUUUGAUUAGACACGUGAACGCACAACAUUUGGAUGAACAAGAUGUUAAAUGGUACGAAUGCGACAAGUGCCCAUUUAGAACCAAGCACAAAGUUUGUGUGAGUCAACACAUGAAUGCGCGACAUUUGGACGAGCAGGAAAUUAAAUGGUACGAAUGCCAAAAGUGCCCAUACAAGUCAAAACGGAACGAUAAUUUAAACAAGCACAUAAAUGCGCGACACUUGGAUAAAGAGGACAUUAAAUGGUACGAGUGCAAGAUUUGUCCAUAUAAAAAUAAAGAUAGAUCGACGUUGGUUAGGCACGUGAAUGCGUACCAUAUGGAUGGGAAAAAUGCCAAGUGGUAUGAAUGUAAACAUUGUGUGGUCAAGUUUAAAUAUAAGUCGUCUUUGAACAGACACGUAAAAAGGGGCGUUUGCGUCAAACCAAACAUGAAAUAA